AUGCUUAGAUUCAAUAAAAAAAACAAAUAUAGGAUCAGUAAGCUUCUUGCUCGACAUGAUAUUGAAAAUCAGAGAAGAGAAUCAAUUACAAAUAAUGUAACAAAUCAUCUUAAUCAAAUUCAAAAUUCUAACGAUGAUAUUAAUGUAACACAACAACAAAUAAAUUAUCAAUAUCAACAACUUCAACUACAUCAACAACAAUAUCAACAACAAAUUGAUCAUCAACAUCAAUUACUUCAACAACAUCAACAACAUCAACAUCAAUUUUUACAACCCAUUAUUAAUCAAAGAAAUACAUCUUCUUAUAAUCCUACUUUUAAUAAUUUCUUAAUUUCCUCCGAAAAUUUGAAUUUACCGAAAAUUGGCAAAAGCAUAAAAAUUUGGGAUGACAAUAGUGAAAAUAUUCCCAUAGAUGAAGAUGGAGAAAAAGAUGAAGAAGAAGGAGUAGAUAAGGAAGAAGAAGAAGAAGAAGGAAAUGAAGUAGAAGAAGAAGAAAAUGAAGUAGAAGAAGAAGAUGAAGAGGAAGAAAUUAUUAAUAAUUCAUCAAUGGAUGUGGACAGCAAUGAGGAAAAUGAUGAAACUCCAGGGCCUAUUGAACAUCCAAAUGAAAUAAUAGAAAAAAUUAUUAGAAAAUUAAAUGUGGAUGCUGACAUGGAACAAAAAUUAAAACAUGAUAAAGGAAGAAAAAUAUUAUUUCGUGCAAAUGGAAUUGGAAAUGAUGUUUUAGUGGACUUGUGGGAAAAUCAUAGAGUUAAAGGGGAAGACAGACGCCACUUUUGUGAGCGUUUUGCCAAUAACAGUAUAUUUAAAAAUUCCUCAGCUGAUAUUUUAACAAACAAAUUGAAUUCUUUGAGCAGAGGUGGUAAAAUUUCAUUAAUGGAACCAGGCAAAUUAGACGCUUCUCAAAUCUUUGGAAUCACAAGCUUAAACGAUAUUACAAAAUCAAUUAUCAAAGAUUUUGAUGGAGAAAAAUUUGCUCCAUUCAAAAAUAUUUUUUCGGAUAUCGAAACGGAUGUGGUAUCCAGAUUAUUUAACCCAGACAAUUAUCAAGUUAAAUCCUUUCUGGAGGAGUUUGAAAAUAUUGGGUUUUUUAAAUUUCGAAAUAAAUCUUCACUUCAAGCUUUAAUUCAGUUGGUUAAGAAAAAACAACAUGAAGCUAAUGCUGCUGGUGCUACAGAAGUAAUCAAUUUUGAAAGAUCUAGUCCUAAAUAUGAUGAUUUGAUUAUAAGAGAUGAAAUUUUAGAAAAACUAAAUAUCAAUAUAGCCAACAUUACCCCAUCAAAAGCAGGAUCAAAAUAUGAAGAAUGGGAAUUAAAAAUUAUUAAUCAUGUGUUUCUCAAAGAGAAGUCAAAAGAGUACCAACACUCAUCUACUGCUAUAUGCAAAGCUUUGAGCUUAGAAGGAAUUUUUAAACAUAGAACUGCUAAAUCAAUAGAGAAACACAAACGUAAUGCGUCACAACCGAAUAAAGUAAAAACAUACGAAUGGAAAGAAUUAUUGGAUAAUGAAACAAUUAAAAAAGAAACUGGUUUAGAUUUAUUACAAAUAAAAGCUUCGCCUAGAGGAUCAAAAUUUACAAAUGAGGAGGUGAAAAUUGGUAAGUAUAUAAUAGAAAACUUCAAAUCUUUAAAAACAAAUGAAAUUGGAAAAAUUAUUGCAGGUAAUUCAAUUUUCAAGAAUAGAACUGUUAUAUCAUCAGUUUCUUUACUUCAUAUUAGUCAACCGAUUAGUCAUUUAAGUUCUGAGUCUAAUUCUAAUGAUACCCAAGCUAUGACUGAAAUGAAAACGGCUAUGCGUGAUUUAGGAAUAAGCAAAAUCAUAAUUCCAAAAGCUGGUUCUCCUUAUUCUGAUAAUGAAGAAUUAAUUUUGAAGAAGCUUUUUGAAAAUUCUAUUAAAAGUACUUCAAUUAUUAGUGAAUUUGUUAAUAAAUUUAGUAAUGUCGGGGUUUGGGAAAAUAGAUCAGAAAGAGCAUUAACUGACAAAAUACACACCUUAAGAGCAAAAAACGAGUUGAAACUUCCAGAUGAUAUUAAAGUUACAGAUUAUUUCAAUGUCACCGACAUAAAUUCAAUCUCAAUGGAAGACGUUCUUCAAUACCAAUUUGAAAAAUUUGCAAGACCAACAGGAGAUUAUAAAAAAGCUGAAAUAGAAUUAAUAAUUUAUUUAUGGGAUUUGUUUCUUGCUGAUCCAGAAGAGUUUUCAUCUAAGAGUAUUGUAAAAAAAGAUUUUGCUGACUUACUCAAUUCAAACGGAUUUUUUAGAGAUAGAACAGGAUUAUAUACGAAAAUCUUGACUCUUGGUUUGAAUGACCCAAUAUUGAGAACAAAUCAAGAAUUUAAUUUGGAUCAAACAAUGUUAAUGAACUUAAUUAAUGAAAAAGUUGAUUUGAACAACUUUCUGUAUAAGCCUGGUAAUUCAGAUUUUCUGUUUAAACAACAAUUUGUGUUGGAGUUGGUCCUUUCGUUUGCCACUAAUGAUAUAACAUCAAAAACUAUAGCUAAUUUCAUUUGUUCCAGCGAAUUAAAAAACAAAAUUUUUAAAAAUAGACGAGUUGGCACUAUAAGUCAAAACAUUCAAAGAAUUAGAGAACAUAAUUUAAAUGAAAUUUUCAAUGUUGAACAAAUUGAAAAUAUUUCAAUUCAAAUGGUCAAUAACUUGAAUUCAACUCAAUAUAAACCUAGAGGACUAUCAAGUAAUUAUAGUUACAAUGAAAUGAAAUUGUUCAUUUCAUUAUAUAAUCAUAAAGAUGAAUCAAUGUCCAUUAACACAUUUUUAAAUGCCUUAGCUGGAAAAGGCUUUUUUAAAAAUAGAGAUUAUAAUUCAUUAAGAAAUUUAAUGAGAAAGCUAAUUAAAGAUAAAGAUAUUGAAGUCGUUAUUGAUUUUUGA